UAGUGGGCCAGAUCUGCUAUUUCAUCUCUUCGCUCCCGAUGGAGUGGCACAGAGGAGCAAACGCUUCAGGAUGAAGUACUGCACUUGCAGAGUGGCCUACUACGCCUUAGGGAUACACUUCCUGCAAUGUGCGACCUCAUUGAUCGAGCAGAGUGGAGGAUCCAUGAACAGUGCGUGGCCAAGCUCCUUCCAAAACUCAGGGAUGCAGUGUAUGAUGCUGAUGACCUUCUUGAUGAGUUUGGAUGGUAUGAGCUGAAGGUGGCCGUGGAGGGCAAUGCAAGCCAAAGCCCUUUUGUUGACUUCUUUAACAGUGUUAUUCAAGGUAGCUUCAACAAAGUGGAAGAUAUCCAGAAAAGACUGAAAAAUCUUUCUAGGCAGCUGGAGGAGAUGGGUUUGCGUGAAGAGACACCGCACUUUGAUAAAUCAGUCAGGCCAGAUACUAGCUCUUUGCCCGAUGAGACAAAAAUAUUUGGUCGUGACCUGGAGCUGAAGCAGGUGAUAGGAUUGCUUGGUGUACCUACAAAUAUUAGCGGGGCUCAUCUCAAACGCAAGAGAGCAAGUACUGUAGUGAGAGGGUCGACAAGUACAUCAAGCAACAUUAGUAAUGAAUCAAGAAUACCAAGCAUUCCUGUUUUGCCAAUAGUUGGACUUGGGGGUGUCGGAAAAACCACUUUGGCCCAACAUAUCUGCAAUCAUCAACAAGUGAAGUCUUACUUUGACUUGGUAAUUUGGAUUUGUGUCUCAGAUGACUUUGAUGUGACAAGGUUAACCAAAGAGGCCGUGCAAGCCUCUUCUGAUAAUUUGGAUUCUCUUCAACGCGCUCUUUCAAAGAAUGUGAGGAACAAAAGGUUCUUGAUUGUCCUUGAUGAUAUGUGGGAUGAUGCCUUGAAGGAAAAUGGGCUGUGUUGGAAGAGGUUUUGUGCACCUUUGAGAAAUGUGAUACAGGGAAGUAUGAUUUUGGUCACCACUAGAUCUCCAAAGGUUGCUGAUGGAGUGGGGACAAUGGAGCCCUUUAUAUUGGAUGGUUUGAAGGAUGAUGUCUUCUGGAAUUUCUUCAAACUAUGUGUGUUUGGAUCUAAGAGUUCGAACAGUGAACCUGAGCUAGAGCUCAUUGGUAGAAGCAUACUUCCUAAACUGAAAGGUUCUCCUUUAGCAGCCAAAACUCUUGGUCGCCUGUUAAAAAUGAACCUUCAUGUAACACACUGGAAUAAAAUACUAGAAAGUGAAUUGUGGGAGUUGAGACAAAAUGAGACUGAAAUUUUGCCAGCACUUCGGUUGAGCUACAUGUAUUUACCAUUCCAUUUGAAGAGAUGCUUCUCGUUCUGUGCUGUAUACCCUAAAGAUCACAAAUUUGAGAAGGACUAUUUAGCUGAAAUUUGGGUAGCAGAAGGCUUGGUUGAACCUCAAGGUGACAUUCCGAUUCAAGAUAUUGGCUGCCAGUACUUCGAAGAUCUUGUAGAACGUUCCUUCUUUCAGAAAGUUCGUGAUACUUACGUAAUACAUGACUUGCUGUAUGACAUGGCACAACUAGUUUCGGAGCAUGACUGCUUUGUCAUUAAAAAUAUGAGUGACUUCCAGAAAGUUCCUCAGGACGUUCGUCAUCUUUCAAUACUCUCUAGCACAAAAUUUGACCGUUCCACAUUGCUGAGUCUAUGCAAGCACACAAAACUCCGUACACUAUUUUGCAACAAGUCUUUAAGGAAUAAGACUGUAGCUUCUGUUGUAGUUCAUUGGUUCAAUGAACUUCGGCAUAUGCGUGCAAUCAUUUUUUCUGCCAUUGAGGAGUUACCAGAUAGUGUUGGCAACUUGAAGCAUCUCCGGUACCUGAAAAUCUCCAGAGCAUGUCCUUUCGACAGCCUUCCUUCAGCAAUUUGUUGCCUGUAUAAUUUGCAGAUUUUCAGUGCUAGCGAAUGCAAGCUAGAAAGCUUGCCCAGUGACUUCAGUAAAUUGAUCAGCUUACAGAGAUUUGAAUCAAAUGGAUUUCAAUAUGAUCAAGACUGUCCACUAAAUUUUGAUGCAGACAGUGAACGGGGACUACGAAUGAGAGUGCUAAAGAAUGUGACCCAAUUUUGUGGAGAUUUGGAGAUAUGCAAUCUGAGCAUGCGAAGCAAGGAUCAUGCAGCACAGGUUGAACUAAAGAAUAAGCGAUAUCUUAAUGGCCUCACCUUGGGGUGGUCUUUAUCCACACAGGGGCACAGUGAGAUUGAAGUGCUUCAAGUUCUACAACCUUCCAUCAAUCUCAAAUCUCUGCUCCUGCGGUGUUAUCCAGGUGUAUCUCUCCCAAACUGGUUUCAGCCACAAAACUUAGCUAAUUUAACAUCACUAUCGUUGCAUAACUGUGAUGGACUCGAGAGCAUAUCAUUUUCCAGGAUCUCACAGCGCAUAAACCUAAAUGAUAUGCGUGCGGUGCCAAUUGACAACAAUAAUGACAGUAUUGGUACUUUCUUGGCCCUGACAGUCAUAUCCAUUUACAUGUGCAAGAAUGUAUCAAGCCUUGAACAAGUGCUACAUCCAGCUUCUGUACCAGCCAUCAAGAAAAUAACAAUUCAAUAUUGCAAUAAGUUAGUAUCAGUGCCAACUGAGAGGUUUGAGGACUUGCAUUGCCUUGAAGAAUUAUACGUGAGUGAUUGUCCAAAUAUUUACUCCUAUGGUUUGGUGGCGCCCUCCCUCGAGAGGCUCGUGCUGGGUAGUUCUGGGAAUCUUGCAGGAAAUAUAGAAUGCUCGUCCCUAGUCUGCCUUUCUUUGUCAUGUCACUGCGUGACAUCCAUCGAACCACAAAUGUGGAGUCUUCCAGCUCUACUAGAGUUGAACAUUACAGGGUGCAGAUCUCUUACAUCUAUUGGACAACCUGAACCUUUCUUCACUAACAUUUCUCGUGGCGGAGGCACCACCAGCGUGAUAUUCUCAUCUCUUACUUCCAUAACCAUUUAUGAUUGUGAGAAACUGUCAACCAUUGAUGACCUUCUAACAGAAGAAUAUCUACCUGCUAUCGAGAGCAUUCUUGUUGGACGCUGUGGCAAGUUAAUUUCCCUAUCCAGUGAAACGUUUGGAAGUUUCCCUUUCCUGAAGGAUUUGAAAGUUCAUGAUUGCCCAAGUAUCAACUGGCAAAGUGGAUUGGCGCUCCCAUCAUCCCUCCAAAGACUCUACUUACGGUCAUGUGGGGAUAUCUCCGCAUGGGUUCCCAGUAGCCUAGAGAACCUCGCAUCCCUUGUUUCACUGCAGAUGAUUGAAUGUCCACGUGUAGUGUCCAUUCCAGGAGAAGUUUGGAGCAGUGAUCUCACGUCACUCAAGGAAUUGAAGAUUGAGGAUUGUCCAGACCUUGUGUCAAUUGGUGGGGCAAAUGCAAUUGCAGAAAUAAAUAUUGUGUGUAUUUCUGGCUGUCCAAAGAUGAAGGAAAAUGCUUAUGUGAUGAGAGGGCGCUUCUAG